AAAAGCCAACGAUUUAACCAGUUCCGUGUAAGGAAACUUUCAAGGUUGCUGUGCACGGUACUGGGGUUUAUUUUGCAAGGGUGGGUCCGAAGGGCCCUGCCUUGGAGAGUUCCCCGACAUUAAAAAAAUAAAUGGUGAAAAUAUUCACAAAGAGAAAUAAAAGUGGUGAUAUGUGUAAUGAAUGAAAGAAUGCAACGGGAAUGAAAAGGGCACUGGUCGUGGACCAGGUUCAUAUUUUUGGAUUUUUGAGUAUUGCAAGGAAAAGUAAAAGACUAAGAUGCAAAAGAGUAAACUAAUAACUAAACUAAACUCGCUGAAAUUAAUUAACCAAGAAGCAACUUACUAAACUAAUUUAAUUAAUAGCACAUUAAACAGUAAAUCUGAAACUAAUUAAACACCAAAUUAUAAAGCAAGCUAACUAAUCUAACAUUAACCAGCUAACGAGGCAAAACAGAAAAUUAAAUCUAAAUUACCCACCUACUAACCAACAAAAAUUGCCAAACUAAUUGCAAGACUCAAAAUUAACAACUAGAUCUAACAAAUUGAAAUUAAACAAUCAAGAAACCAACUAAGCCAAACAAUCUUAAUUAACAAAACCAAAAUUAAUGAAGCCCUAGUUAACCCUUACUCAAUCUAAUGUCUAAUGGAACUAAGAGAUUAACAAAACUAAGCUAAGAACUAAGCUAGAUUAGAAAAUAAUUGAUAAAAGAGCUGGAAAUUGAAAAGCCCUAAAAUCAAGAUUCUAGGAUUCAUCCUUGUAUUCAAAUCAUAAAAUUCUCAAAAUCAAUUCAUAACAAUUGUAAUACCUGUUAAUCGGAAGCUUAAAGGAGCAAGGAAAACAACUAACAUCAAAGUUAAAUAAGUAGGAAAUAGAAUACCCAAAACCGAAUGGUUCUAAGCCAAAAAUCUAAAAAAGACACCAUAAAAUUCAAACCAAAACUAAAACGAAUGGAGACGGCAGGCAGCGAAGGAAGGCUGGACAGCGGCGGUUUGGACCCCUCGAGGAGCUCUUCAAAGCUGGUGGCGCUGCUUGUGUUUUUCCCCCCUGCGUGCUUCUGUUUUUCUCCCCAACUUGCUGCAAGAGUAGCUGAAGAGAUGGGGGUCACGCUUGGAGAGGAAGUUGGCUACACGAUUCGAUUUGAAGAUCUUACGAAUUCGGGUACCACUAUGAUAAAGUUUCUAACAGACGGAGUGUUACUUAGGGAAAUGAUGGAUGAUCCUCUUUUGACCAAGUACAGUGUCGUAAUGGUUGAUGAGGCUCAUGAGAGGUCUAUUUCAACUGACAUAUUACUUGGCCUACUAAAAAAGAUUCAACGACGUCGGCCUGACUUGCGUCUGAUUAUAUCCUCUGCUACAAUUGAAGCGAAAUCAAUGUCUGCUUUCUUCCAAACCAGCAAAAGGCGUCGAGCACUGGAAGGUGAGGAGCUUGGACCAAGGAUGGACCCCGCGAUCCUAUCAGUUGAGGGUAGAGGCUUCCAUGUACAGAUUCAUUUUGUCGAGGAGCCUGUCCAGGACUAUGUCCAGGCUGCUGUUUCAACAGUAUUGUUAAUUCAUGAUCAGGAACCCAUGGGCGAUAUUCUGGUGUUUCUUACCGGUCAAGACGAUAUUGAUGCUGCUAUUCACUUGCUAAAUGAAGAAGCUCAAACCAAUAGAAAGCACUCUUCAGGAUUGAUUCUUUUGCCUCUGUACUCGGGACUUCCACGUGCGGAACAGGAGCUGGUUUUUUCUCCAACUCCUAGAGGGAAGAGGAAAGUAGUGAUAUCAACAAAUAUAGCGGAGACAUCUUUGACUUUGGAGGGAAUUGUCUAUCUUGUUGAUAGUGGCUUCUCAAAACAGAAAUUCUACAAUCCGAUUUCAGACAUUGAGAAUCUGGUAGUGGCACCUAUAUCGAAGGCAUCUGCUAGACAAAGGGCAGGUAGGGCUGGAAGAGUUCGACCUGGGAAGUGUUACAGGCUAUAUACUGAAGAGUAUUUCUCCAAAGAAAUGUCUGCUGAGGGUAUUCCGGAGAUGCAAAGAUCAAAUCUUGUUUCCUGUGUGAUUCAGCUAAAAGCCUUGGGUAUAGAUAAUAUCCUGGGCUUUGAUUGGCCAGCAUCUCCAUCUCCUGAAGCAAUGAUUCGAGCUCUUGAAAUACUUUAUUCACUUGGAAUCUUGGAUGAUGAUGCCAAGCUUACUUCACCAGCUGGGUUUCAAGUAGCAGAGAUUCCAUUAGAACCAAUGAUCUCGAAAAUGAUCCUUUCUUCAAAUGAACUUGGGUGCUCAGAGGAGAUUCUUACUAUUGCUGCUGUUCUCUCUGUCCAAUCCAUUUGGGUGUACGGGAGGGGAGUACAUAGGGAACUGGAUGAAGCCAAGUUGAGAUUUGCUGCUGCUGAGGGUGACCAUGUGACAUUCCUAAAUGUUUACAAAGGGUUUCUUCAAUCUGGAAAGUCUUCACAAUGGUGUCAUAAGAAUCAUGUGAAUUACCAUGCCAUGAAAAAAGUAGUUGAAAUUAGAGAACAACUAAGAAGAAUAGCACAGAGAUUAGGCAUCGUGUUGAAAUCUUGUGCAAGAGAUAUGCAGGUGGUAAGAAAGGCAGUUACUGCUGGUUUUUUUGCAAAUGCGUGUCGAUUAGAAGCAUUCAGUCACAGUGGAAUGUACAAGACUGUUAGAGGCUCUCAUGAAGUUUAUAUUCACCCAUCAUCUGUAUUGUUCAGAGUAAACCCGAAGUGGGUCGUAUACCAUUCUCUUGUCUCAACUGAUCGGCAGUACAUGCGGAAUGUCAUCUCCAUUGAUCCUUCUUGGUUAAUAGAGGCUGCUCCACAUUUUUACCAGCACCAUGGGCAGAACUCUUUUGGUCAGUGAUCUUGCUAUUGGAGUCAUUCAGGAAUAGGAUCUGAGGGGGAAGAAUUUAGUAUGGCCUGUAUCAGCUAGCCUUGGGCCUUGAAGAUUUCUCGUUAAUGUAGAAGACCAUUGAUCCUUCUAGUGCUACGUUGAUGAAGACAAGGUAUCGUGAUAUGGGAAUCGUAAUCAUAGAUCUUGAGAAACUAUGCAGUCACGAAUGAGCUGCCAGCAUGAUUGAUUUCUGUUUAUAAAGUGCCUUAAUUAACAGAAAACCUGCUCUUCUUGAUGUUGGUUUUAGGAUAUGGACUCCGAGAAGUUUUAGGCUUAUAUAUGCGUAGUUUUUAUUUCUUUGUAACGGUGAGAACUGAGUAGGUGUUACAUGAGGUUUGUACUAUAUCGCUCGAAUGGUGACCAUAGCUCUUAAAAGUUAAAAGUGUCCCCUUCUUUUUUGAGAGGGGAAGAAGGAAUUGUUACU